UCAAUAAGUUAACAUGUUUAGUCUAUUGAUUAAGAAAUAGAUUAUAUCUUAAGUUUUUUAUAGCUUGUUGAAAUAAAAAGUUCAAAUGAAAAAAUAACAUUGUUGUGGAAGCAUCAUGAUCAGGUUUCUGAUAUUAUUGGCCUUUUGUGCAUCCGCCUAUGGCGCGGAUCAUAAUUUAUUUAAAAACUGUACAAGAAUUCCGUUUUGUGCCAAAUUGAGGGAUCAAACCGUAGAUGCAGCUUCCCAAUUUGCACUCGAUAUGAUGAAUUUUAAAAAAGUGGGAGAGGUGGCAUACUUUUCUCUAAUUAAUGAGAAAAAUGAGGCGUUGCAGUUGCAAAUUUCAUUAUUGAAAGGAAACCAGGUGAGGAUAAAGAUAGCAGAAGUAAACCACUCGAGACAUGAACUUGUAGACGCUUUAGAUGGGGAGCCAGAUAUCAUAUCCAUCGACAAUAUGAUUGUAAUGGAGGAUUCCAUAUCGAUGACUAAUAGUCCGUCCACCAUUAAUGUAACAGUACAAAAAGGCCCCCCAUUUGCAGUGGUCCUUUAUUAUGGUGAAGGCUUACAAUUGAUGCUAAAUGGAAAUCGUCUAGUAAUGGAAAAUAGCGAUGACAGCAAAGCCUUUGCCUUUGAAGUGAAUUUUGUGGGUGCUAGUAAGUUGUAUGGAUUGUACCAUCACGCUUACAAACUAGCUUUGGGAAAAACAGCCGAUGGUUCUUCAGACCCCUUUCGUUUAAGAAAUUCUGACACUGCUGGUUAUGAAGUUGGUUCAACGAUGGCAUUGUACGGCUCCAUACCAGCAAUUUACGGACACUCGUCUAACAAAACAGUUGGGAUAUUUUUGAAUAAUGCUGCCGAGCAAUGGGUAGAUAUUGAUUAUGAAGGUGACGAAUUGACGAAUGGUAGCGCUUAUUUCAUGGUUGAAAGCGGGACAUUGGAUUUGUUUUUGCUGCCGGGCCCAACGCCUAAGGAUGUUGUCAGGCAAUAUACUAAUUUAACGGGAGUCGCGCAUUUGCCACAGCUGUGGACGCUGGGAUACCACCAGUGCCGAUGGUCUUACAUGACUCAAGAAGACGUGAAGGACGUGGUGGCCAACAUGGUCACAAACGAUUUUCCCAUGGAUGCUAUUUGGCUCGAUAUCGACUAUACUGAGGGAAAAAGGUAUUUCACUUGGAACCCUGACAAUUUCAGUGACCCUAUUGAAAUGCAGAAGAACAUAUCUUACAGUGGCAAGAAACUCGUAACGAUUUUGGAUCCACAUAUAAAAGUUGACGAGGAUUAUCCCGUGUACGUUGGUGCUAAAGAUUAUUUUGUAAAAUGGGCCAAUGGAACAAACUUUCAAGGCGAUUGUUGGCCCGGGCUGUCAAGUUACUUAGAUUUUUUAAAUCCCGAGGCGAGAGACUACUACGCCAGCUGGUAUUCUUACGAGAAAUUUCAGGGAACUACAGAAACGUUAGCAGGAAUUUGGAACGAUAUGAACGAACCGUCGGUGUUUGACGAUUCUCUAGAAAAGACUUUGCCGUUUGAAACAAUUCAUUACGGUAACAUUCUGCACAGAGAUGUCCACAAUAUCUAUGGUUUAAUGCAAACAAAGGCAACUCAUCAAGGCCUUAUGCAGAGAGACAACGGUACAAAGCGUCCGUUUGUUUUGACACGUUCCCAUUUUGCCGGUUCCCAAAGGUACGCCGCCAUGUGGACGGGCGAUAAUACCGCAGGCUGGGACUACCUGGCUAUAUCCUAUGCCGAGUGUCUGAUAUCCAACAUUUUGGGAAUGGUGUUUUGUGGAGCGGAUAUAGGUGGAUUUGCGGGAAAUCCUGAGCCAGAGCUACUUCAGAGGUGGUACCAGGCAGGUGCUUGGUUCCCGUUUUAUCGAGGCCACGCCGAGAACAUCUCUCCUAGACGUGAACCAUAUUUGUACUCUAAAGACGUACAGGAGGUUAUCCGAAAUGCCAUCAAGCUGCGGUAUAAGCACAUACCCGUCUGGUAUACACUUUUCUACGAACACACCCGGUAUGGAGAUCCCGUUAUUAGGCCACUUUUCUAUCAUUAUUCGGAACUUCUGGAACUUGAAACACAUCUGCUGUUGGGGAGUGAUAUACUGGUCAGACCUGUGGUCGAAGCUGGUGUGACGUCAGUGGCGGUGAAUUUUCCAGGUACCGAUGAGAUAUGGUAUAGGGUGGAUGACGAGUCAUGGUCGGUACAUACUGGUAACACGGUAGAAAAUGUCAUUGUUACUAUCAAAGAUUCACCAGUGUAUUACAAAGGAGGGAGCAUAAUUGUGAGAAAAGACACAGAAAAACUGUCCACGAGAGAAAUGCGAGAUGAUCCUUAUACACUUUAUGUCAAUGUGGACUUGAACAACAGUGCCGAGGGUCGAAUCUAUCUAGACGAUUAUACCAGUUUCGAUUAUUUGAAUAACAACCAAUAUCUGUAUAUGAAUAUGGUCUAUAUCCCCGCAACACGUGGAUUGCGUUUUGAGGUGAUCGAUGGAGAUGCCGAAGGAUUGUCGCCCGUUAUUCAACGAAUUGUAAUUUCUGAACCGACGGAGAACGUUUUAGGUGUCAGGAAAACUGUAUAUACAACCACUUCCAAUGGGACUGCUCUUGGCGAUAUUGAUUUCGUGAAGCAAAUGAGAACACUUGAAGGUCGAGACUUAAUUUUAAGGCUGUAAAAGAUAAACCCUGGAAUUGUUGGAACGGAGUAGUUCUAAUGAACAGUAGGCGUUACUUUUUAAAAAUUAGAAAAUGCAAUUACAACUUAAUUUUUCUUGUCAAAAUGUGAAAUAUUUUCUUAUAAUAUCUU